GUGGCGUAAGACGUUUCCGUUUCCAGGAUUGGUCAGUUUCAGUGCGAUAAUUAUGUUUAUUCGUCUUCUCUAUGGCGAACAACAGAUGAUAGUUGUAAAUCCGAACUGCACGGCUAAAUUAUUCAUCGACUACAUCAAAGCAAUAUGUAACUUUGAUCAAACAGCAAUUAUUGAUCUGUGUGAUGAAAGCGGCAACCUUGCAUACAUCCACACCAAGAACAAAACCGACAACAUCUUCAGUCUCACAGUACCAAGGGCAAUAUACAUACCCGUUCUCAUAGAAAAGGGACCAGAUGACAGCAUUAAGAGCAUCCUGCCGCUCCUGGUUGACUGGGACAAGACUUACCCCUCACUGGAGAGAAAGUUAAAGCAACACACCCCUGCUGCCGACAAACCCAAGAAGUCUGGAAACGAAACAAAGAGCAAGCGCCGUGAGAGACUUGGAGAUCAGUCUCCUUCACGUCGUAGCAGCUCAUCUGGGAAUUCCAACGAGAUGGUCCCCAAACCCAGCAACAUCGGCAAGAUUUCCCGCAAGAAGUGAUACACAUUAACGCUUAUCUUCAUGUGGCGUAACGUGUAUUCAUCAAAAGUUGUUCCACUGUUAAAAUGGCUGGAGCUCAACACCAGUUUUGAGAAUAAAUUUUGGAUUUA